GCGGGAUCUGCGCGCCGGGCCGGGCCGCGCAGGCCGCUGGAGAGUCCGCGGGUCCCGCAGCAUCGGCAGCCGCUCGGAGCAGUGACCUAUCUACCAGGAUUAGGGGCUGCUUUUAUUCUGUGUCUAGAGCAACUGACACAUCUUUGAAUGUUACUUUGCUGCAUCUAUUGAAGAUUGUGUCAAAAUGGAUCAUGAGUAUGUGGCGACGAUCAACCGGUACAGUCAAACACAUAAACUUACAGUGCAGUACGUCACCAUCAAUGAGACCGGCCCACCUCAUGAUCCUGAGUUCACAGUUGCGGUCAAAAUAAAUGAUGAGGAAUAUGGUAGAGGCACAGGUAAAAGUAAAAAAGAAGCAAAAGCAGUAGCAGCAAAAGAAACGUGGAAAAUUAUUGAGAAACAGUGUAAGAGUCCCUCAAAUAUGGCAGCUGCAGAGUUAACAACAACUCAAACAACCUCAUCACCUGCACUAGACAAAGAUUAUGUCAGCCUAUUAAAUAUUUUUUCACAAAGGACGCAUCAAAUAGUUGAAUAUCCUAAGAAAACUCGUACUGGAGAUGCCCAUGCUCCCACGUAUUCUAUUAGCUGUACAAUUAGUGGUGUUUUGUAUGGUAGGGGCACUGGACCUUCCCUAGCUGUUGCAAAACAAGCUGCUGCAAAAGAAGCAUAUGAGAAGAUGGAAACUGAAAGAUCUAAUGGCAGUUGUACACUUAGCAAAUGUAGCGAUUUCUCUCAAGUGUCAACUGGGUCUGACUCAGAAAACAGCAUUUGCUUUGAUGACCCAUCUGCACAGUUGGUAGAAAACAUGAAAGACAUGACAAUGUCUGAAAAGCCUUCACUUUUUCAGAGAAAUGCACAAAAUCCUGUCCUGAACAAAAGAAAAUUGGCAGCUAAUUUUGCUAAUGUAAGAAACAAGGAAGAGGAAAAAAUAAAGUCAGAUUCAAAUGAAAGUUCACCAGAUGUGGACACAAAUGCUGGAGAAGAGAAUGGGAGUCCACACACUGUCAAUAAAACAUUUCUCUCUCUUUUUGAAAAAAUAGAGCUUAUUGGUGCAGGUGGUUUUGGGAAUGUUUUCAAGGCAGUAUCCAAGUGUGAUAAGACAGCCUAUGCAAUCAAGCGAGUUGAAUUCACAGAGAAGGUAGAACGGGAAGCACAAGGACUUGCAAGACUUACACAUGAGAACAUAGUGCGGUAUCAUUGCAGCUGGAAAGGGUAUGACCAUAUAAAGUACCCGGACUCAAGCCGAAAUUCAGACCAAAAAAUUUGCUGUUUUUUCAUCCAAAUGGAAUUUUGUGAGCAAGGAACAUUGGAAAACUGGAUUGCAAAAAAUAGAGAAGACCGAAAGUAUCAUGCAAUGGCACAAACCAAAUUUUUACAAAUAGCGAAAGGGGUGGAAUAUAUUCAUUCUAAAGAGUUAAUUCAUCGAGACCUCAAGCCUCAGAAUAUAUUCAUAUCACACAAUGAUAAAAUAAAAAUAGGUGACUUUGGUCUUGUGACUUCUGUGGCAUUUGAGACUCUGACUGAGGACAGAGGAACAAAAUCAUAUAUGGCACCAGAACAGUCUGGGGCCAGAUAUGGAAAGGAAGUAGAUAUUUAUGCACUGGGAUUAAUUUGGUUUGAAAUUCUUUCGGCAUUCACUUACCAUGAAAAAACUAAGGUAUGGCCUUCUGCUAGAAAAGGUGAGCUUCCAGAGUGCUUCAUGAACAAAUUUCCACCAGAGGCAUCCAUAAUCAAAAGGAUGCUUUCAACAGACCCUUCGGGAAGAAUCACUAUAUCUCAUUUACUCGACCUUGUUAAGUCUGCUGAUGAAGAGAAGGAACUUAGAAAUUAUUCUUAUUAAAUGUCCUUUCAUACUGUGUUUAAAU